CUACGGCAGAGCAGCAGCAGAAUAUUAGCAGAGAAAACGUUUACCAUAUAAUUUUCGGAGGUUCCAAGUAUUUUCUAAAAAAAAACAAUUUAAUUAAAUAUAAAUGGGUGGCGGUGAUAGAAAGCAUCGUUCCCGUUCACGCGAAAGAGAACGAUCGCGUGAAAGAGAUCGUUCACGUGAAAGGGAACGUGAACGCGCAAGAGAUUCUCGUGGUGGCGGUGAUAGGAGAACAACCCGAUAUUCUCGAUCCCGUUCUAAGGAACGUUACACUAGUGGCAGAGGUUCCGGCAGGUCCCCUGAAAGAUCUUCAAAUCGCGAUAGGAAUCGGGAUAGGUCUAAGUCGCGAGAACGCCAAAGGGAUUACGAGUCAUCACGAAGCCAUGACAAGAGACGCGAUGAGAACAGGAGCGAAAGACCAUCUAAGGAUGUAAUCAUAAUCGACGAUGAUGAACUGGCGGCUGAAGAAGAUAAGAAGGAGAAACCCAAAAAGGUUGAACCACUAUCUUUGGAAGAGCUAUUGGAAAGAAAAAAGAAAGAAGAAGAAGCUCGAAGCAAGCCUGUAUUCUUGACCAAAGAACAACGAGCCGCCGAGGCUUUAAAACGCAGACAGGAAGAAGUGGCAGCAAUGCGAGCAGGGCAAGCAAGUGGCAGUAGACCUGGAAUUUCCGGUGCGUCAUCCUCCAGCAGUGCUGUUGAUAACAGUUUUAGUAUCUCUGCCCGCCGAGUGGAUAGAAGUGAACGAGGGUCUGGACGUGAAAGAGAAAAAGAACGAGACAGAGAACGCGAGUCGCGACGGGCAGAUGAUCUCUCACAAAAAGACAAAGAAAAGGAAUUGGAAGCCAUAAGAGAACGUUAUUUGGGUAUUGUUAAGAAGAAAAGAAGGGUCAGACGCUUGAACGACCGCAAAUUUGUUUUUGAUUGGGAUGCAGCCGAGGACACAUCGGUUGAUUACAAUAAUCUCUACAAGGAACGUCACCACGUGCAGUUCUAUGGACGCGGUAAUGUUGCCGGUAUAGAUAUUAAGGAACAGAAAAGAAUGCAAAGUCAGUUCUAUGGUGAUCUUUUGGAAAAACGUCGAACCGAGGCAGAAAAAGAACAAGAGAAAGUUCGUCUCAUUAAGGUAAAGCGUAAAGAAGAAAAACAGAAAUGGGAUGAUCGCCAUUGGUCCGAAAAAGACAUUGAUGAAAUGACCGAACGCGAUUGGCGUAUUUUCCGUGAAGAUUACAAUAUAACAAUAAAAGGCGGCAAAAUACCUAACCCCAUUAGGAGUUGGAAAGAAUCGGGUUUCCCCAAAGAACUUUUGGAAAUCAUCGAUAGUGUCGGCUACAAAGAACCAACACCCAUUCAAAGACAGGCCAUACCCAUUGGUUUACAGAAUCGUGAUAUAAUUGGUGUUGCUGAAACAGGUUCGGGUAAGACGCUGGCUUUUCUAAUACCAUUGCUGGCCUGGAUUCAGUCUUUGCCGAAAAUCGAACGUCUUGAGGAUGCCGAUCAGGGUCCCUAUGCUAUUAUCAUGGCUCCCACGCGUGAAUUGGCUCAACAAAUCGAAGAGGAAACAGUAAAGUUCGGUCAACCAUUGGGCAUUAGGACGGUUGUUGUUGUGGGUGGUCUAUCGCGUGAAGAGCAAGGCUUCCGCUUGCGUAUGGGUUGUGAAAUUGUUAUUGCUACACCUGGUCGUCUCAUUGAUGUUUUGGAAAAUCGCUAUUUGGUUUUAAAUCAAUGUACCUACAUUGUAUUGGAUGAAGCCGAUCGUAUGAUUGACAUGGGUUUCGAACCAGAUGUCCAGAAAAUUUUGGAAUAUAUGCCGGUGACAAAUCUUAAACCAGAUACAGAAGAAGCUGAAGAUGCCUGCAAAUUGAUGGAAAAUUUCUAUUCUAAAAAGAAAUACAGACAAACUGUGAUGUUUACAGCUACUAUGCCACCCGCAGUUGAACGACUGGCACGCUCUUACUUAAGACGUCCUGCCACUGUGUACAUCGGUUCCGUUGGUAAGCCAACCGAACGUACAGAACAAAUUGUCUACAUGAUGGGCGAAAACGACAAACGCAAGAAACUCAUCGAAAUUCUUAAAAGAGGUGUUGAUCCACCAGUCAUUAUUUUUGUCAAUCAAAAGAAGGGUGCCGAUGUUUUGGCCAAAGGCCUGGAAAAAUUGGGCUACAAUGCAUGUACGCUUCAUGGUGGCAAAGGCCAAGAACAGCGUGAAUACGCUUUGGCUUCUUUGAAGGGUGGCAGCAAGGAUAUAUUGGUGGCCACCGAUGUGGCUGGCAGAGGUAUCGACAUUAAAGAUGUCUCGUUGGUUAUUAACUAUGAUAUGGCCAAAACAAUUGAGGAUUAUACCCAUCGUAUUGGUCGUACUGGCAGAGCAGGCAAAAAUGGUGUGGCUAUUUCGUUUGUUACAAAGGAUGAUAGUGCUCUAUUCUAUGACUUGAAGCAGGUGGUAAUGGCCAGUCCGGUUUCAGUUUGCCCUCCAGAGUUAAUGAACCACCCUGAUGCCCAACACAAACCGGGUACCGUGGUUACCAAAAAGAGGAGAGAAGAAAAAAUUUUCGCAUAAAAAUAUUUGUCGGCAUUUUAAAUAUUAAUCGACCAAUAAAAAUGAUAUCAAACACAGAGAAUUUGUUUUUUAAACAAAA